UGUCCUGCUGUCAGACUUGCAGUCUGUCGUGUGAUGUGAAAGCUCGAAUUCUGACUAAGAAGGUUGGAACCAGGCUGGAGCAUCAUCUCGAGUAGCCUAGUAGUUCGGUCAUGGAACUGCUGUCGAGUUAAAAAGGAAUGCGUCGUCCAAAGAAGCAAAACCGAAAUGGAAACCAAGACAUCUACUAGCUCUUCACCAGCACUCCAAGAAGAGCCUUUGAAAGCAACAUUAUUUAUACAAGAGUCAAGUGGUAUAACAUAUAGAAUCCCAGCUCUAAUUUAUAUCAGUGAUGGUGAGACCUUCCUUGCUUUUGCUGAGAAGCGGAGAACAUCACAAGACUGUGAUGCAGAGAUUCUGGUCAUGAGGAGAGGAACCCAUCAGGAUGGAUCUAUCCAGUGGUCGCCUGCUGAGGAGCUCACCACAGCGUGCUUGCCAGAACAUCGCACUAUGAAUCCAUGCCCAGUCUAUGAGAGGAAGUCUAAGACUCUUUAUUUGUUUUUCAUAUGUGUGUUGGGUACCACCACUGAGCAAUACCAGAUCCUCACUGGUAAAAACAAAGCUCGCUUGUGUUACGUUACAAGCAAAGACAAUGGACAGAGUUGGAGCCAAACAACAGACUUGACAGAAAGUGUGAUUGGAGAUGAAAUUGUCAAUUGGGCUACAUUUGCUGUUGGACCUGGGCACGGCAUUCAGAUGACAAGUGGUAGACUCGUCAUUCCAGCUUACGUCUAUUACAUUCAUGUUAGAUGUUUCCCUUUUCAUUUCCCACUAAUUGUGAGGCCCCAUGCUUUAGCGUUCUAUAGUGAUGAUUGUGGAAGUACUUGGCAAAUGGGAGAACGAGUAGGUAUUAAGUCUUGUGAGUGUGAAAUGGCAGAGAUCAUUGACCGAGACAGUAGGAGUCACCUGUACUGCAAUGCACGAAGCACACAAGGUCACAGAGUCGAGGCUCUGAGUGAGAGCAGUGGAGCUGCUUUUGAUAAACCUCACUUCGCACAGAAGCUAGUAGAGCCCUGCCAUGGCUGCCAGGGCAGUGUGUUGAGCUUUGCUUCACCUCAGCAUACCAGACAGGAAGAAAAGAACUGCUUAACAUCAGACACAAAGACUUGGCUUCUGUAUUCCCAUCCAACCAACAGAAGGACCAGGAAAGCUCUUGGAGUGUAUCUGAAUAUGUCUCCCUUCAGCGCCUCUGGUUGGAGCCAACCAUGGAUCAUCCAUCACGGGCCCAGUGGGUACUCUGAUCUGACCCAGUGUGGAGAAACUGAGCGCUUUGCUUGCCUCAUGGAAUGUGGAGUGAGGAGUGAGGUUGAAGAGAUAGCCUGUGGAAUUUUCUCUCUCUGACAUCAUAAACAAUCAGUUAUGAAAUGAGAAAUUUUAGAAAUCUUGUUCUUUUCCCCAAAUACAGCUUUUCCCACAGUUCUGAAACAAACCUGGGGGGAGCACCAUGGGUAGGUUACUGGUAUAUACGGAUAUCCAAACUCAUCGUAGCAUAUGUUUUACUUAUAAGGGUAUUCAUAUAAGGCAUAAUAAGAGAAUGUUAAAUCUUCCAUGUUUUUGAAUGUAGAGCACCUCAUGGACUUAGGUAAAGAGAAGGUUUCAUUUGUGGAAAUGGCCAAGGGCAAAAAGAACAAAGCUUUGAGUGGCCAUCUAUAUUUACAGUUACAUUUUAAACUGUAAAUUCAUUAGGUACAGUAGCAAAUCUAAACUCCAAACUAAAUUCAUUAAGUUGAGUGAGAUCAGCAUUUUGUAAAACUUGUCCAACCUGGUAACAGUUGCCAUGGCAGAGCAUAGAAUUUAUGGGUAAAGCCUGAAUAGGUCAAUUGUUACGGUGUUCAUGAGCCAAUUCUUCUCUAAGGCCUUGCUGUUUUACUAAUAUAGUACAAUCAAAUUUCAUUUUAUUAAUCAUCUAUUACUGUAAGAUAGAAAAUGGGAUGUAGGAAACUGAUUUGGUUAGGGACUCUUUUAAUGACAUAAAAUCCAAAUUCAUUUUAUUAUGCAUUUUGUUUUAAGCAUGCUGAAACAUUAACUUGUCAAAUGGAAAUGCACACACCACAUAGUGAAUCUUUGCUUGUAAAAAAAAUCUAAGAUAAUAAAUAUUGUCUACCUGAAUGCAAACAUGUAUAGGUCUACCUGACUGUGUUUGGAGAAUAGUCAUUGGCCACCAUUUCUACUAAAGCAAGACAAGUGUUGUCAGUCUUUGCUUUACAAGACAUCUCAUGACCCCAGUGUAUGAAAAUGACUUGGCUAACUGUUCCAUUCAACUGCUUUAAAAUACACCUGUAUACAUUAACACUUCCCCUAAAUACAGUUUCUCUUUCUCUGACUAGCACUGCAAUCCAUUAGACUAAUCUGCCUUUAGUAUAUUGAAGGAUAGGUAAUUUACUGUUCUGUUGCUUCUCAAAUUAACAAUGACAAUACAAUUUCAUUGUUUAGCACCGUUCAUUCAUAUGAAGAUCAAAGAGGAUUAAAAGACAAAAAGGAGAUCAUUAAAUAUCAAAUUGUUAGCAGGAAAAAGCACAAAGAAUAUAGUCAAAUAAAUAUAAGAAACAAAAUAAAAUAAGUAAUAAUAACAAUGGGAAAAAGUGAUAGUAAUAAUAGUAGUUAAAAAAGGGUAAGGAAAAUAAAGGAGUGAAGCAUAAUCAGUAUUACUAAUUUAAUAUUUAUGAUGAAUUGCUAAAAGUUAUUUAAAGGACUUCUUAUUUUUAACGGGUUUGACUUCAACCGAAAGCAUUUUAGGGAAGCUGAAGAGAUCAGUUUGUUUUUUUGUGGUUUAUUAGAUCGUGUCAGUGAGACCACAUUUAAAUUUCACUAGAUGAAACUCAAAGGUUAUGCAGCUGAAACAACUUUUUGCAAGAUAAGCAAAUUAAUGCUUGAAUGCGUAAUGAUUUAACUUUAUAAGUUUCUAAGUGUUUUAAAAGAGAAGCCUCCAAAACAGGGGAAUUUUCCUUAAACUGUUUUAGCAGCUUUUUGCUAUUCCUACAUGAGACUUUAUUAAGAGUAGUGAAUUAAUAUUAAUCUCCUAUGUUUUUUUUUAAUUGCAACCGUGAGCAAAACUGUUUGUACAGCCUGCAUUUGCUCUCCGGUUCAGUUUUGCUUGCCCUCUUUUUUGAUUGGUUAUCUCAUGAAAAGUGACACAUGAUGAACUUUUGGGGUGAAGCUGAACAUUUUUCAAGUCAGUCUACAAAGAUCUGCCGUGGACAAAAACAUGCUCUACGGCAAAACAAGCAGGGCCCGCAGAAUAUGCUGUGCUGUUUGGAUGUAGUAUGUGCCUACUGCA